AGAUCGAAAAUGCGGAUGUCUUUGCUAAGAGAAAUGGUCGGAUCGAGAGAGCUACGCGUUGAGUGGAAGGAGAAAGCAAGUGAGAUGGAGGCGGGGGAAGUUCCCAUCUCUGCGGGGACUGGAGCGCCUGUGCCCUGGACCGGCGGCGCAGUGCUGGCUAACAUUCAACCCAACCCUUGUUCCACAACGAGCUCUACUCACGCUGAGACAGUCUUCAUGACCCAUCCUCGCCACACGGCUACAAAACCUGGUUUACACCGUGUUCAACAACAGCUGAAAGAAAAGUCGGGGUGGAUAGAACCGUUUCACGGUUAAAGAAAGUACAGAUGAAUGGAGAAAUGGAUGCGUCCACUAAAGACCAAGGUGAGAUCAUAGUCAAUCAACGUGAGAUCAUAGUAGUCAAUCAAGUGUGGACGCAGGACGACCUUCUGAAUCUGCUAGAGGCCAUGAAAGUCAAUCUUCCCCAGAAGGACCUGGCCAAGUACAAGACAUCGGAAUCCCAUCUGGACUGGGAGAAGGUGGCCUUCAACUCAUUCACAGGAGAGAUGUGCAAACAGAAGUGGAACGAGGUCUCCAAAGUGAUCCGUAAAUUUCGCACAUUAACAGAGCUGAUUUUCGAUGCCCAAGACUUCAUCAAGAACCCGUAUAAGGGCAAGAAGCUGAAGAAGCAUCCAGAUUUCCCUAAAAAGCCCCUGACGCCAUAUUUCCGCUUCUUCAUUGAGAAGAGGGCCAAGUAUGCCAAGCUGCACCCUGAGAUGAGCAACCUAGACCUCACCAAGAUCCUCUCCAUGAAGUACAGAGGGCUGCCCGACAAAAAGAAGGUCAGAAGCAGGGAGAGAGUGGGAAGGAAGAGAUGCAAUUAAAGGGAGGGAUAUAGUGACGUUUGGGAUGGGGGGUAAAUAUGUCCUCCCUG